GGCGCCUAUGGGCAUCCGCCUGUCCCCUCUGGGGAUCGGGGUGUUCUGCCUGCUGGGGCUUGGUGUCCUCUAUCACGUCUACUCGGGGCUCCUGACAUGGCGCCUGUCGGCCUUCAUGUUGGAGAUCGGGCUGGCACGAGCGGAGGGGGGCAGCGUGGUGGAUCUGCGGGAGCUGCUGGCGGCGGCGGUGCAGGCGGCGGAGCUGGGCGGGGUGGAGGUGAGGACGGUGCGGGAGAGCAACAAGCUGAACGAGAACUCCAAGGGGAAGACCGAGAGGGGGUGGAAGACAAGAUGACCCGGGGGGACCUCCUCUCCAACCUGAGGAUGGCAAGCCUCAUCAAGAACUCCUUCCCCGGGGUGCAGGUGAAUACUGAAGAGCACCUUGAGGAAGCUGAUAAAGAGUCAAUCUGGGAUCGAAAAAUGCCAGAUGAUAUUAAAGACAAAAUCCAGACUGCAAAAUUAGUUCCCACAGAAAGUAUUACUGUAUGGAUUGAUCCCUUGGAUGCAACACAUGAGUAUACAGAGAAUCUUGUUAACUAUGUUACAACUAUGGUAUGUGUUGCUGUGGAUGGAAAGCCUGUUAUAGGAGUAAUACAUAAACCUUUCACGCAUUAUACUGCAUGGGCGAUGGUAGAAGGAGGCUCAAAUGUGAAGAGACGGGCAUCUUAUGAUGAGAAAAGUCCAACAAUCAUUGUGUCUCGAAGCCAUUCUGGGAAAGUCAAAGAAGUGACCCUCCAAACUUUUGGCAAUCAUACUAAAAUCAUAUCUGCUGGAGGAUCAGGUUAUAAAGUUCUCUCUUUGCUUGAUGUGACUGGGAAUGAAAAACAAGAAACAGCUGAUGUGUAUAUUCAUGUCACCUAUAUCAAGAAGUGGGACAUUUGUGCGGGAAAUGCCAUACUCAGUGCACUUGGUGGUCAGAUGACUAACCUUAAAGGAGAAGAUGUCAUUUAUACUGGACUAGAUGGAAACGAAGGAGGAUUGCUAGCUAGCAUUGGGAUGGACCAUAAUGCACUUGUUGAAAAGUUAGCUUCAAAAAUCUCCGAUUGA